AUCGUGACCUUGACGUCAGCCGCUUGAAAUGUCAACAUCAGCACCUCGGAAGUGUAUCACCACCGAUUUCGCUGCGUUUUGUUGCUAGGAAUCGGCGGCCGCAAUAAUUUCGACAAUGUGAUGCAAACGCGCCGGUGUGCGAGAGUGUGCAGUGUCUCAGCAGGCAGUGGCAGCGGCUAAAAUUAGCGGCGAGCCGCGAAUAGAACUUGGCGCGCUGUCCGCACCAAUCGGCCGCCAUCCAAACAUCCACGCGUGUAAACAAUAAUAAAAACAGGUGAGCGACGCUCACAAAUCGCACACCAAAUCAUCAUCAUCACGACGCCAGGACUCCGAGAUCCGCGGGCUUUUGUUUGCGCCCAGUCGUCUCACAGUUACGUGCUGAUUGUUCGUGAUCAUUCGUGAUUAUUAGCGCUUCACGCAGCGACGGAAACUGCACUGGACACAACUACAAAUUAAACUGCAUUAAACAAGAUGGAGUCGUUUCUGGGCUUGUUUGAUCCGGGCGCAGACGAUGCACACAUGGAUGAUGACAUCGAUGACUUGGAUGACGAUAUUUUGCGCAAUGCUACACUCACGCAUGGUGAUCAAUCGAAACUGCCGCCGGAACCACAGCUUGGGAAUAUCGAGUACAAAUUGAAGAUUGUGAAUCCUACAAAGCAACGGUUUCAACAUUUAGUGACACAGAUGAAAUGGCGAUUACGGGAGGGACAAGGCGAAGCAAUUUAUCAAAUCGGCGUCGAGGACAACGGCGUCCUCACAGGAUUACCGCUCAAAGAAAUGAAAGACAGUUUGCAGACUUUAGAACAGAUGGCAAUCAAGUUGGACGCCACGACGACAAUCAUCCGCAAUCGCUGUUUGGAUAAUGGGAAACACGUUUGUGAAGUUCUAGUCAGAAAAGUACCUGAUGAUCAAAACAACAUAGAAAUACGUGUAGCAGUAUUAGGAAACGCCGACGCUGGUAAAUCAACACUCCUAGGCGUGUUGACCCAGGGAACUUUAGAUAAUGGCCGAGGGAAAGCACGUUUGAAUAUGUUUAGGCACUUGCACGAAGUGCAAAGCGGCCGGACGAGUUCAAUCAGUCACGAGAUCCUCGGUUUCAACUCGAAAGGCAAUGUAAUUAAUUACAGUUACAGUGAGUUGAUGACUGCCGAAGAGAUCUGCGAUGUCUCGACGAAGUUGGUUACGUUUUUGGACUUGGCUGGGCAUAGGAAGUAUCUACGGACGACAAUUCAAGGAUUGUCGGGAUAUUCACCACAUCACGCUAUGCUUGUGAUUUCUGGCACUGCUGGAGCUGUAGGGAUGACACAAGAACAUCUGAGUAUUGCAAUGGCUCUAAAUGUGCCAUUUUUCAUUGUUAUCACGAAAAUUGACUUGGCAUCUUGUGAUGCGACGCUUGAAAGUGCGCAAACUCUGCUAAAACAAGCCGGUAGCUGCCGCGUGCCUCUGAUUGUCAAUAGUAUUGACGACGUGAUCACCGCUUGUUCCAAUCAGUUGAGUCAAAACAUCGUGCCCAUAUUUUGCGUGUCCAGCGUGACAGGUAAAGGUCUCGAUCUUCUUUUGAAAUUCCUCCACAUCCUUCCACCCGGUGUGAGCGCUAAGGAAAAGCGUCUUGAACAAGAAUCACCAGAGUUUCAAAUCGAUGAGAAUUUCCGCGCUGGUGAUGAUCGCAUCUUUGGCGGAUUACUCACCAAAGGUGUUAUCACUGAAGGCAUGCGCAUGCAAAUCGGGCCGAUUAAAGAUGGCUCCUUUCAAAAAGUGACAAUCAAGUCGAUUCAACGCAAUAGAGUUCCGUGUAGAGUUGUUAGAGCGGGCCAGAGCGCGUCGAUUUCAUUAACGCCGCAUGUUGAUUACGUCCGGAAUGGAAUGGUGAUGAUAUCGGAUGAUGAGGAGGAGAUGAUGGGCUGCAUGUACUUUCAGGCGUCGAUAUCGGUGUUGUCACACACGACGCCAUUGCAUUCAGGAUUUCAGACGACAGUUUACAUCGGGAAUAUUCGACAAACCGCGCAGAUUCUCGGUAUUUUUGGGAUGAAUUCCAUUCAGACUAAUGAUAAUGCAUCGGUGGUGUUCAAAUUCAAGAGUCAUCCGGAGUUUGUGUCUGUUGGACAGCGUUUACUGUUUCGGGAGGGAUGUACGAAGGGUAUUGGGGAAGUUACACAGAUAUUUCCAUUCGCGAAUGCAUAAAAAGUUUAUUAUUAUUCAUUUGACAUAUAAUUUGACAGAAAACAUGUCAAAAUCUAAAAAUUUGACAGUUCUCAUCGAGUUUUCUUAUAAAUGAGGUUAAAAUGAUUCUAAUUCAUUGAAUUUUUACUUAAUUUGUUCUUCGAAAGAAGAUUUGCAUAUUUAUUUCGAUGAAAACAAGUCCAGACUACAUUUGUCUGAAUAUUUUCAAGUAAAAACUUGUUUUGUCUCAAUAACAAUAACAAUUUAGUAAUAUAAUCUUUACAAAUCAGUCCUUAAAAGUUUAAAACAAAUUACAAAAGGCAAAUAAUCUGCCGAAAUGAUCUGCAAAUGUAUUAAAACAUGUACUUUUAAUAUUUAACAAAUAUUUGCUAGUAAAUACGCCAAGCAGCUUUAAAUAUUACAUAAACAGCACAAAUAUAUUUCAUUCGACUUAAGCUUAACAAAGAUUAAAAAAGUUGUAACAUGCAAGGUUGAAUAGUAAAUUAUUAUGAGAAUUAAUUCAGAAUAUUGAGUAAGGACGUGAUAUAAAGAUAAGUUUAUUGCAGUGUGACGUGUCUGAAAGUAAAAGAAAUGUAUUUUAAUUAAAUUGACACUUAUUCAUAAUAAUACGAUUUAAAAAAGUAAAAGAAAUUAUGUCAUGAUAAACAUAAGUAAUAAAAUGUAUUGUAAUUGAAGAAAAA